UGGAGGUGAUGGACCAUCAGAGGGUGCUGCAUACUGGCUGCCUGGUGUCGGGGGUGCACACCCCGCCCAUCCGCCGCAACAGCAAGCUGGCCAGCCUGGGGCGCAUCUUCAAACCCUGGAAGUGGAGGAAAAAGAAAAAUGAGAAGCUGAAGCAGAGCUCCACAGGUGAGCGAGAGAGAGAGAGAGAGAGAGAGAGAGAGACAGAGAUGGGGGGAAAAGAGAGAGCGGGCGUAGCAGAUUAUGAGUAAAAGGACUUGAGUAAUGCCCCAAAUCUUUAAAAUGGCUUCCUCUAUCUCAACUUACCAUGACCCCAAAUAGGACUCUCCAAUUCUGUCAGAUCAGGGGUAAUGAAAGAAAGGACACGAGGAAAGGAAGCCAUUUCAGAAUAGGGUCGUUCCAUUUGAUAUUAAUCACUUUUUGACCGCAGCCAUUUUGAUUUAAACGAAACUUGCCAUACAUAUUUCCCCAUGGUAAAAGUGGUCAGAAAGUGACUUUUUGUAACUGAAUGCCAAAACAUUCAGGAGAUAGAGGUGCUCAAAGUUGAGCAUACCCCACCAUACCAUGAGACAUCCAUGUCUUCAUCACUGGAAAAGAUUAACGGUUUAGUUUGAUAUAAUUUAAAAGCUUACAAUCAGGUUAGUCAAACUAUUUUAUCAUUUCUUUUAACAUCAAUUUUCUUAACGCGUAAAAUCCAAUGUUUUUCAUUUUCGCAUAUGUUGUAGCUUGGACACUAAUUUACAUCACCUGAGGUGUUUGUGUUGUGCCAGUAAUCGGUUGAGACACAGCUGCUUUCCCAUGAAUACAGGGUGCGUGUCAUUUCAGUCAUAGAAAUAUAAUUCAUAGAAUGGACCUAUCCCUUCAGGCCACUACAAUUUAGCUGGUACACCAUUGACAUUGAAAUCGAAUUGAAAUUUUAACCACCAAUUACUACAACAAAGAUGGCUACCCACCGUCAAAUGUCAACUUAAAUGCAAAUGUAUAUUCUAUUAUCUAUAUUUCUAUGACUUUCAAUAGGUUUCCUAUGGAAGGUUGACAGUAUAAUUUAAAAAAAAAAUUUUCCCACUCAAGUCAACAUUCUCUGAUGUGUGGACUUCCAACCAUCUUUGUGGUACAAUUUGAAAGUUGUAAUGUUAAUUGUAUUCCCAUUUUAGCACAUUUAUCAGCUAAAACAUGACUCCAACCCUCUAUUCAAGAGUAUGCUAAGUCUCAACCGAUUGCAGGCACAACACAAACACCUCAGGUGAUGUAAAUUAGGGUCUAAGCUACAACAUAUACAGAAACAAAAUGGGUGGGUGUAUAACGCGAACGUCUAGCAACCCAAAGGCUGCAAGUUUGAAUCUCAUCACGGACAACUUUAGCAUUUUAGCUACUUUGCAACUACUUAGCAUGUUAGCUAACUCUUCCCUAACCUUAACCAUUUAAGCUAACCCUUCCCCUAACCUUAACCCUUUUAGCUAACCCUAACCCUUUAACCUAACUCCUAAACGUAACCCUAACCCCUAGCCUAGCUAAUGUUAGCCGUUCAUAACAAAUCAUUUUGGCAAAUUUGGAACAUAGUGUAUGUUUUGCUAAUUCGGAACAUAUAAUACGAAUUGUAAUUCGUAACAUAUCAUACUAAAUGGAGUGUCUCAGAAUGUACAGAAUAAUACAAAAUGCUCUGAGAUGAAUUGAUGAAGACAUGGAUGUAUCAUGGUAUGGUGGGGUAUGCAAAAUGGGUCAACUUUGAGCACCUCUAUCUCCUGAAUGUUUUUGCAUUCGGGUCCAGAAUGUCACUUUCUGACAAUUUCUACCACGUGCAAAUGUGUAUGGAAAAUGUUGUUCAAAUCUAAAGGGGUGCGGUCAAAAGGUGAAUGACAACAAAUGGAAUGACCCAAUAUGGAAAUAAUGUAAUGUAGUCACGCUAUGGAGACCAUGAGCGUAACAUAGAGGGUAACACUUGUAAAAUACUGCAGACUAAGCCCUGUAUGUUGUCUCUCUGCAGAUGUGGCGUUGUCCAGUGGGUGUAUCUCUCCCGAGCCUGGCUCCCCCUUGCAGGGCUCCUCAGACGGGACAGGCAUGUUGGGGAGUUUUGGGGGGUCGCUCAGCGCCACUCUCACGGUCAGCAGUGUGGAGUACCUGGGCCCAGAGGAGGAACUCCCCCCGCCAGGUAGGACGGCCCAACAACCCUACAAAGAAAGUUAAGGCCCAAUCCCAAAUCGGCGCCUAGAUCCUACCGUUUAUUAUGCAUUUAUGGAGAUCUGAGAGGAUUUGAUUGGUAUACUGUAUAUGAUGAAACUUCCACGUCCUAGCCUGUCAUAGGGCAAGGUGGAGCUACAGUCCUCAGUAUUUGGACAGUGAAGCUACAUUUUUGGGGGGGCUCUAUACUCCAGCAUUCUGGAUUCGAGAUCAAAUUAUGAACAUGAGCCGAAAGUACUGAAUUUCACCUUUUCUACUUUGUCCUCCUGUCGAAGAAGAUUCAUUAUUUGACACAGGAUAGGAUAGCCGAGAGCAAUAUGAUGAAGUCUACCAUCAACCGUAUUGCUUUUGCCAGUUGUGGACGCAUUUCAGAGUAAUCAAACUUACAGAGAGCCAUGGAAUUCGACUGAAUCCUUAGUGUGUAUCUUUGAUAAUCGUUAAUAGGCAUGUCAAAGGGAAUAUAUAUAUAUCUUCUAACCACUAUUUAAUUUUUUGUUUAUAAUUGUGAACAAUUAUUUAUUAUGUUUUGACAGUAUUUACCAUAGGCAACACUCAAGAUACAUGAUGUAUGAUAUGGAGAGAUCACCAUUUUCAUAUUCAUGUACUUAUACUGUACAUAUUAUUCAAAGGAGGUUAUGUUUAGCCACAUGAUACUCACAUGAGCCACUAGGGGGCAAUGAAGAAAAUGUAAAAACAACCAGAAUGGUAUUUAUAAUAGCAUCGUUCAUUCACUGACAACAACUAUCUCACUGUGAAUGGUGUCCUGAUGGUACCUGAUUCAACUUUGAUUCAACUUAAUUAAUUAAACGAAUGUCUUUCAGCGGCUGAGCCUCCAGAGGAUUGUGAGCCAGAGGAGGAGAGCUGUCAGAACACAGAAGAAGAGGAGGGAGAAGAGGAGGCGCAGCCUGGUGCCAAUGCCUCCGGGGAGGUCCAGGAGGGCGUAGAGGAGACGGAGGAGACGGAGGAGACCCGAGAAGAGGAAAUACCUCGGGGAACCACGCCACCUCCAGUAGCGGCCAAACCGGUGAUGCCACAGCUGAGCAGUGGCGAGGGUGAGUAGGCUAGUGGAGUGGAGUGUACCAGGGUAGGCGUCAAUUCGAAUCGAACUCAGUCCAUUCAGGUUGUAAACUGACAUUCCGAUUCCAAUUUUUCCUCAUAGAAAAGCAUUGAGAAUAAUUGGAAUCGAUUGAAUUGAAAUGGAAUUGACCCUGGUGGAGUGUACUAAAAGGAAGGGACCAUCAUGUACUGCACUGCACUCUCAGACAAGGGUAGUGUGUACCCCACAUGUACAAGUAUGUGACGGAGACCAUCCUUGUACGGCCGGCCAGGAUUCGAUCAACAAUGACACAAAACAACAAAAGCUAGCAUGCUUCCUUCCUACCAUUACCUUACCAAUAGCUUUGUUUGGCCAAGGGUAACACUACUUUGUCACGGCAUGAUGGGUACUACUAGCACACACAGCUAACUAGCUGACAUCUGCUACAUAUACUGUACACAACACACCAAAGGAUCACACAUCUGUGCAUGAAGAGGAUGGCGAUGUGGACCACCCACACCACUAGAGUUAGAGUUUUUAAAAUUCACAUUGAGCAUGGUUACAUGCACACAAUAAUGCGAUUAUUGUGGAUAGUCAGAUUAAUAUAAUAGUUCGAUUAAAACGUUGACAUGCUUUGCAAGAGGACCGAAUUCCCUAAUAAUCCUGUUUACAUGCAUACAUCUGAAAUCAGGCUACCUGAUGGCACUCUGAUAAAUGCAGAAAAUCACUAAUCAAAAGAAAUGUUCUACAACAGCGACCAUAUUUUGAUUCGGACAUAUAAAGUUUGUAUGUGAAAACUACUUCUAAGAUGCAUAUAUUCAGUUGUUCCGAACUCACUUCACUCGCGCUAAAGGAGGGAAGCUCGCUCGGCUGGUGCUAGCACAUACACAGAUCAAAUACACCGCUGGAAUGCCGAUUAAGGUGUUUACAUGUCCUAACAAUUUGAAAGAUUGCUUACUUCGUUUCUGACUUUACGCCAAUUAAGAUAAGCCGAGUAAGGUGUUUACAUGACUAUUGCAAAAUCUGCCUACUGCCAUAUCGAAUUAUUCCUGUGCAUGUAAACGUACCCAUUGUCGACCACUCAAAUAGUUUUGAGACACUAUGCUGUCAUAGGCAAACAAAGUACAAUAUUUCAUUUGGAGUCAACUGUAAUACAUUACAUCAUAUAUACAUCAUUGUUAUCAGUUACUAUAUUGUACGUAUGGUCAUCUAUACACAUAUAUGCAUAAACAAAAACAAAGUAAAGUAGAUACCUGACCUUUGUCUUUCUCUGCCUCUCAGACCCAUCCCCUGUGUCCUCACACUUGGCCAACUCUUUCCUGCCUAAGGAGCCUCCCAGGGCUCCCGAGAGCCUGGUCCCCAUGGUGGCCCUGCGAGGGCCCCUCUCCAACCCCGCAGGGUCUCCUCACCUCACCAAUAUUAUGCAUCCUCCAAUGCCCCCUAGCUGUAUCAUGGAGGAACUACAACGAGCCUUUGCCUCUAAGGCGAACCGACAGGAAAGGUGAGCAGCACACCCAUUCACUGCAAACAGCCAUAUAAUCUCACCAAUGAUGUGAUCAGGAGUUCAUGUUGUCUCUAAUGUUUGCUAACACUUAAAGCCUGUGGGUAGAAUGCUUUAUAACAUGUUAUAAGCAUAUAUGAGCCUUUAUAAUGUCUUACAAUAAAUCGUAUUAUAAUAUGUUAGGUCUCUCUGUAUCAACAGUUCCACUGACUCAAAAUGGCUGGUAUUUAGUCAGGCUCAUUAUGAGACGAUGAUAAGACAUUAUAAACACGGUCACACAUGCGGCCAGACAUUCUCAUGUCUUACAAUACCUACUGAUGUUGAGUAAAGUGUUAUUUAAUGUUCAACCCCACAUCUAACCUCAACAUGAUCCCUUUCAGUGAUGUUACAGUCGAUCAGCUUAUAUCCGCCAUGUUGCAUUUUCACUAUGGUAUCUUCACCACAUGCUCACCCAUCCAUGUUAACGCCUACCUCUAUGUUCCCUUUCAAAUUGACCCAAUGCUACCUCCCAUACUAACCUGCACUGCCUUGCUCACCCAUCCAUUAACCCCCUCCUGUCCUGUUAACCCCCAUGCUCUCUCUUCCCUCCCGUGUCCCCUCAGUGUGCAUGGGCCUGCUGAGCCGGGUUCGCCCCCAUGGCGGCGCUCUGACGGGCGGAUCUCUCGCUCCACAAGCUCGGAGAAUCAGUCGGCGGUGGGUGGCGGCAUUGUCGACUGGCUCCACCAAGCAGAGAGGAAGAAGGAGGCAGAGGAGAACAAGGAGAACGUGCGGCUGGACCAGUGCUUCUCCGACAGCUCGGGCCUCCCCCACGAUCAGGACGACUGGAACGACUCUGUCAUCUCCGGUGUGUCCUUUCUUAAAGGAAAGAUUGCAUACAAUGAAAUCCACCAAACGAACAACAUAGAUUAAUGAUAUCCCCCUUGUUAAACAAAUUCCCAAGCGAUAUAUAACAACUCAAGAAUAGACUUUCAUUUGGGCUAAACUUUGGGGGGAAAACAGACAGACACAAAUGGCAGACAGUGCAGUUUUAAGACGACACAUUUAAAAAACUUGUUUUGUUUUUGGGGGGCAUUAUGGACUCUCCUAAACUUGAGAUGUCCACAUGAUUUACAAGAAGGUUUUACUUGCAUGUGAACAUUUUAGGUUAGGUUUCUGUCCUUCGAAGUGAUCGCUGAAGUCCUUUGUGUGUGUGUGUGCAGGUACACUACCGAGCAGGCUAAGGAAGGAGCUGUUGACAGUGAAGCUUCGGAAUCGACCCAGCAAGGAGGAGCUGGAAGACCGGAAUAUCUUCCCAGCACGGACCGAACAGGAGCGUCAGGAUAUACGCCAGCAGAUCGAGAUGAAACUCGCC